AUGUUGCGGCAGCGGAGAGUGGAUAUCAGCCAGCAUUUUGCGGAAAACAUGGCAACGAUCGUUAACAAAUACCAACAGGAGCAGUGUGCCACGCUCCAACUUGAGAAAGCGAAGUACCACAAGUAUAUCAAGAGACUCAGGAAAGAGCUUGCAGAAGCUGCGGAAACUCUGGAGCAGUACGCAAUCAACAGCGAAGCACAAUCGAGAGAGAUUUUAGCUCUCCAAACUGCCAAGUAUGAGAUGUCAGGUCAACUUGCAGACUUCGAGGCUAAGUUGAAGACAUCCGAGGAACGAUUUCAGAAACUUAAUGAAAAGUAUCACACGUGCAAGACAUACAUCAACUCCGCAAUCGAUGAGCAGCAAGAUCUCUACACGCGUUCGAAGAAGCACUGGGAUGAAGUGGUUGAGCAGCUUCGAGCGAUGGAAAGGGCUCGCAAUGCGGAAGUCGAGAUGACAGUUCGCAAAGCAGAAGUCAUCCGUGAGCAGAUGAUGGAAAAAGUCCGUCAGACAAUUGCACAAAAUAAGGCCGAGGCAACACAGUUGUAUGGUCAGAUCAACCUGUUGACCGACCAAAUUAAGGAAAAGGACUCAGAGCUAGGGAAAGAGAGAGAAACAGUUCGCUUGUUGUCUGAGAGGCUGAAGGAACUUCAAGAGACUGCUAGCUGUUUUGAAGCAUUAGCAGCACAAAGCAAGAAAAUUUUUGACAAGCUGGAAGAGCAGCAAAAGGAGGCAGACAAUCGGCACCAGAAAGAAACUAAGGAUUUUCAACAACGGCUUGAUGCCCUUGCGAGCCGUUUGGAAGCUCUCUCUAAUGUUGUGUCCGGUCAACUCGAUACAUUAUCCAACAUUCAGGACACCCAAGCGAACUCCCUGAAGAGCAUUGUAACCAAACUGGACACUAUACUGGAAGCCGGAGGGAACGCUGAAGAGGCCAUUAGCCAACUUUCGAAGGAUCUCGGAACCCACGCAGACAAGAUCUGGCUCCGCUUGGACAACCAACUUGAAUCACUGGCCAGCCAGCUGACCAACAAAGCCGAGGAGCAUGGAAAGACUGAGGCGUUGUAUAAGAAGCAGGUGGCUGAGUGCGAGAAGCACCAAACAGAACUUUCACAUCUUCAUGAGAUCGCCCAGCAGCAGGCUGACAAAAUCCACGAGCUUGAGAAUGAUUUGCUUGCCAUGGAUGCCGCUUAUGAAGAAAACAAGGAAGCGAUCGACUAUCUACAGUCCAUUGAAGCUGAGGCUAACGAGCUACGGGAGGAGUUGACUUCCAAAACAACUUCUUUGACAGAACUGCAGAUCAAACUCAACGAGAAGACCCAGGCAUACGCUUCUGAACUAGAAAUCCUAUCAUCGAACCUCAUGAAACUUUCGCAAGCAGCCAAGGAAAAGGAGAAGGCCUUUCAGGUUGCAACGGAACAAGCUGUUAAAAACGCACGUCAGGAGCUCCUCUUAGAGAUGCAGGCUGCAAAAGCGGACGCAGAAAAGAGGCUCAGUGAAAAACAGCAGGAACUGGAUUCAAUCUCAGCUCAAUUAGAACGUUCGAAACAGGAACUUCAGGAGAAGGAGCGAAGCGAACAUCAAGCCGCUAUGGUUAUCAAUUCACUCAAGGAGAGUCUCGGCAGUGCGGAAGCCAGGGCAGUUACAGCAACACAGGAGCUGGCACAGUCGACAGCCAGUGCAGAGCAACUGCGGAGUAACCUUGGUUCUAGGAUCAAAACGCUUGAGGAAGAGCUCAUAAACCAUAAAAAGAGGGUCUCUGAAUACGAAGAACAGGUUAGAUCACAGGAUGCCAAGUAUCGAGCACUUACCACCGCCCUUGAGCAAUGGGCACUCAAGCAAGGGCUCGAUGUCAACAGUUUAACCUUCCUCAAGACCAGCAACGGCAGCGCUGAAGAAAUCAAUGCAGAAAUUAUGAGAGCCCUGGAGCAGCUGGCGGGAUUACAUCAGAAAAAUACCAAUUAUGAGAGUGGUCAGUCAGGUUUGUCUCCAAUAAACAGCAACGCUGCUGGGCCUGCAAAUCAUAGUGGUUCACAGGAAGUCCAACUGAUCCAUGAGAACCCAACUGAAGGUCAUCAGGAUCAGUUGGUUCAGCCCGGGGCCAGUAAGCGAUCCCCGAGUGAGCCAGCGGACCUAUCAAGCGGCAUGGAGAUCGCUGCUGGGGGAGCACUUUCUUCUUUUCAGGUGAAAAGGCUGGAUCAAAUCCGGCGCGUUAUUGUUCGCAGUCCGGCUAAUGUGUCCAGCGAGCCGAAUGCUCCAUCCGUGGACCAGGAGAAAGCUCGGCGCAGAGAGGCGGUACGGCCCAAGUCAAUCAUGAAGCGUGUUACUCGAAGCACAUCAGCAGCGCUGAGUCUUCAGGGGAGGGAAGAUUUUGCAGUUCAGACGCAGGGGGCUUUCGCCAGUCACCCCGAUGGGCUGGCGUUGAAUGAAGGGGAGCACAAUUUUCCCACCACGCCCAAGACCGAAAGGACCGUUCAAUCUAAUUCAUUUGUCCCCAGCAGCUCAGUUUCGGAGCGUGUGAGCAAAAGGAGGCAUCCCGUAGAUGUGGGUCUUGAGAAUCGAGAUGACACCCCCCGCAGCUCCAAACAGCCUCGGAGCGAACCAACAACCAAGCGAUUGCGCCGGAGAUUGUUAACAGAGUCAGGAUCCGGAAAGAAAAAUGUAGAACAACAACAAUAUCCAAUGCGGCAAGGAGCACAACACCUUCCUGGUAACGUGUUCAACCCUACUCUCAGUGUUCCUCCCCCAAGCGCCCAAAAGGAAUCCAGAUUCGCCCCUACGACCUCGCAGAAAGGUGGUCUUAUGAAUGCUCCUCAGUCUCUCAGCCAAAAGCCAAUCAAUCUUCGCACGUAUGGUUCACAAAGAACAACGUCGUUGACUGGGGCCAGCAGACAAGGGGAGUCACAGUCAUCGCUUUAUUCCCGGUCCCAGUCUCAGUCGCAGUCACAGCCUCAAUACUUGUUGAAAUCGGAAGACUCACAAGACUCACUCACGAUGUCGCAAAACCGUCUUGCUGAUGCGAAUAUUCUUCUCUCCUUUCCCAACUUGCGUGCUUAA